UAAAGAUUUGGGAUGGGACGAGGCAAAAGGAAUAUCGCUGUAGGAAUCGAAUCCGGGACCUUUAGGCUGUGACCCAGCUGUCCGAGACUUACCACUGCGGUGCUCGUCUUGAGUGACAACUGUACUAUAGCGAGCUCUGCCUAUUGAGAGUAAUAAUGAGGGUCAGCUACAGGAGGCUGGGUGUAGAGGAGAGGUGUGAGGCGUGUCAGUGUUGACGUGGCCGCCCCGCGCCUCACGGACGGUGUUGUCUGCGGCUCAUAGGUGACAUGGUCAUUCAUGGCACAUAAGUCUGGGGGUAUAUUCGUGAGGGAAGCCAGUGGUUGGUACACGGCAACUGUUUUAAACAACCAAUGCGACCUCAAUAAUAAUAUGAGAGUAUCUGGACAUUUGUGUAAAGCAAGAAAGUGUCAAUAAACAAGCCCUUCAAGAAUGUCAUCAGUUUUAACCAAAUAGAGAACAAAUUCUAUGUAAUUACAAGCCUGUUUCAGGAGUUACAUGCGCUUUUGAAAGCAUUUUUAUACUAUGGAUUUAACGGCUUUCUCUCAGGAGAACUUUGAUCCUAAGGACUGGAUCAACAAUGUUUUUCGUAGCCAAGAGGGGCAACAAAAUAGAGAUCAAUAUGCAUCGUCCCUGGUGAUGCGACUGCAGUUAGCCAUACAGGAAGUGAAUAAUGCUCUGGAGGACACAAGCCAACAGGUGGUGGCCAGCUUACCACGAGUACUCAGAGAUAUUGAAUCACUGGGACAUGAAGUUGCUGUUCUCAAGAAUCAGAUGAACAGUGUUAGGCUAGACAUUGAAAAGGUAGAACACAAUACGGCAGCUAGCAUGCAGACAUUAGUUAAGUUAGACUCGCUGAAGGGUCGCUUGGUGGCAUCUUCUCAAGCACUUAGAGAAGCAGACAACUGGACCACUCUUUCUACAGAUAUUGAGGAGGUAAUGGACAGUGGUGAUAUUGAUGCCAUUGCUAGCAAGUUGGUGGCAUUGCAGAACUGCCUUGGCAUUUUGACUCAUGUACCGGAUUAUGAGGAUCGUGUGGCACACCUAGAAGGCCUUAAAGUUAGACUUGAAGCUCUGGCAAGCCCACAUAUUGUUGCAGCAUUUACACAGCACAAUCUUGAGGAAUCGGUAAAGUAUGCACGACUCUUAAAAUCCUUGGGGCGUGUUAGUCAAUUGGAAAGCUAUUAUCACAAGUGUGAAAUCGGGCAGCUUGGAACUGCAUGGCGUGGAGGAGUAGAAGGGUCUCAUCUAAGUGGUCCUCCCACGUGGCUCACGUCCUUCUAUGACAAAAUAGCUCUGCUGACAUCACAACAGGUGCGGUGGUGUGGCCAAGUGUUUACGGGAUCGGAUGCCAAUCUCUUGCUCUCUCAACUAGUGGCAUCAACCCUUACUUCACUCGACCCACCUGUCUGUCAGGUGAUUGCUGCUGCUACCAAGCAGCAAGAGGAACCACUUACUUUCCUAAUAUCUGUAAAAAUUGCAGGGGAUCAGUUUUUAAAAGAUAUUGAAUCAACUCUUGGAACAGCAAAACCAGGACAGGAAGCAUAUUUCCAGUCUGAGAGGAUAGCCGUGCAAGCAGUGUACAGUUCCCUGCAAGAUCAGAUUAGCAAAUACCAGGAGUAUGAGGAGGCACUGAUGCUUUCUCAUCUCAUAUCUGCUGACAUUGUGAAAAGUGAUAUGGCAGAAACUCUACGUAGAUUACGUGAAUACUGUAGCAAAUUAUCCAGUCAGGCCGACUCUGCAGCCGAGAGAUGCUUGCAACUAACAAGUGGAUGGACUUUUCCUGCUCUUAUAGCUGCUCUUGCCACCUACAUAGAACAGUUUACAAGCCGCUUGACUCAGGCUGUGAGGUAUAUUGAAAAGCAGAAAGCUUCCAUUACUGAUGACUGGACUGUAUUUACUACGUGUCUCAAUCUCAUGCAGGCUGCAGGGGAAUUGGUCAUGGCAGUAGAUAGCAUGGAGCAUUCAUUGGCAACACUCUUCACCAAUGCUGCUUCAAAAUUUACAUGGGAACCUUCCACACCGUUCACUGCUACUCCAGAUCUUUUCUUGUCUUCCCAAGCAGUGAUGCAGUUAAAAAAAUUGAUUGUAAAGAUGAUUGAUGAAGAUGGCAGACUCCUUGAGAACAGUAUGACAGAGUCUCAGGCUCAGUGUCAGAAAACAGUGGAAGCUGCUCUUCACACCAUCAUGAACCCAAUUUCAUCUCAGCUGAUUGCUCUGCCUGAUUUACCUGCUUGGAACUCUCGCCAGUUAGCUUCUACUCACCUUUCCUUCUCUUUCUCACCACAAGAAUAUAUCACUCAAAUAGGCCAGUACUUGAUGACACUGCCUCAGCAUCUUGAACCACUCCUUGUCAACCACAGUCCUGCACUCAACCGAGCCUUACAGGAGGCUAACACUACUUGUAGUGCAGGUGGACGAGUAGUGAGUGAAAGUGAAAUUAGUGCUGCAGACUUCCUCAUCAACAGUGUUGGUCAGAAUACUUGUAAGCUCUACACUGAUGCAAUCUUGAAGAUUCCAGAUAUAAGUACAUCGAUGAUCACUCAGCUUACUACAGAUAUUGAUUAUAUUUGUAACAUCAUGGAGGACCUUGGAGUGAGCACUUGUGAGCCUCUUGAUAAGCUCAACACCCUCUUGAAAGCUCCAACUGAUCAGUACUGGAAGAUUGCUCCUGGAAACAACCCAAGACUGAUUGCUGCUGUAAGACAGAUGAGAAAUAUCCCUGUAAACUCAUGAACACCUUCGUAAUGUAUAGAAGUGUAUGUGUUUGUUUAAUUACUGGAUGAGCUUCCUUUGUGGUGUCCUGUCAUAGGCAUAAUCUGUCAAAUGGCACUGAAUCUGCUGAUGAUUUUUUUGGCAUACACCACCAUGUCACUUAAAUGGUUUUAACCAUCCACAGCCAUUUAAAAGAGAAGAAAAAAUCAGCACUGCUAAACAUUGCAAGUUUUAAAAAUUAAGUCUUUUCUCUCCAUCUCACUCUAGCCAUCAAUCAGUAUUAAACCAUUGAAGCCAUUUUAUCAUUCACUGAACACAGUAACUACAUUCAAAUACUGGUAGGUGUUACUGAACCCUCCUGAUGAUCAUUGAUCCUAUAUGAACCACUUUAGACAUCUGCCCUUAUACGAACUAUCUUUAGUCAUGGCCUGCUACAUGCUCCAAAUUAUAAUAAUUGACUAUCAAAUAACAAGGUUUACCGUAACCAUACUAGGUAUGGUUACCAUAUUAGGUAUGGUAAUUGCCAGAGAUGUAAAAUCUUGGCAAUAAUAGGGAUUUAUUAGCAAAACUCAAUAUUCUUAAAUUUCUAGCAAUAAACAUCAUAAAACAAACUGCAGUUUGAUAAUGGGAACUCUCUAACCACUGUGAUGUGGCGAGUUUAUUGUGACAUUUCCCCUGUGCGCAUAAAAUAAAGUGUUUGCAAAUUUUUUUUUUAGCUUUUGUAAAUUGAUAAAUUCCCUUCCCUGGACACGUACAUGUAAAAAAAAACUAAGAAAUUCCACUUACUUUGGCUGUGGGGACAUGGAGAAGGGAACGUCACAGGCUGAUUGCCCGUGUGUGAAGCUCCCAGAGGCUCCCAGAGGUGAGGCUCCCAGAUUGUGUGAAGCUCGCGCACGCCAUUCAAGCACUGCGAGUGUGAGAGAACAACAGUGCCAAAGCUGGCAUUCAACAGGGUAUUUUUGACUGCCCAAACUGGGGGUCUCAACAAUGCAGGACAAAGUAGCUAGGUGGGGCAGCUGCUUCCUAGGAAGGGGCUGCAACUACAGGUGCCAGUCCAGGUAGGGUUAAAAGUAACUUGGGAAUCUACAGAAUCAACCAAGUGCUUAUGGAUGUGAUCAUCAAGGCAGGUAUGCUUAUUAUACCUGCCAUGAUGUCGUGGGGAAUACAACAAAAAUCAAAGAACUUAUGCCACAAAGCAGGGUUGAAUGAAUCCUGGAACAUAGAAGUGGUAGCAGGAAUCAAACAAGCGAGCGUGGUGAUGGCAUCAGGAACUUCCAUGAAGCAGGGGGUAAACGGCACAGUUGUCACAAUGGAAGAUGAAAUCACUAAUGGGGGUCAUGGUAGUCACCACAGGGGGUUUGGGGCUCAGCCCAGCCACAGAAGUGGGAGGGGAAUGGAAAGCAUCAGUAGGGGUAUUCAGAGAUGAAGCCAGGUCUGGGCCCAAUGUAGCCGAGGCUACAGAUCCUGUCCUUCCUUCAUGGUCUGACUUGUGGGCCUGCUCAUUUACCCAAUGAGUGAGAAGAAUAAGAAGAAGAAAAAAAAGGUCUGAAGUAUACACAAAAGUAAACUGAUGUUUCGUGCCACGAGUCUCCUUUCUUUUCAUGUCAUUGUCCUCUCCCUGCACGUUAGUGCGAGUUCCUCACCGUCAGCUGACCAUUUCGUGUUUAGUCGUGCAGACGCAUUCCUGGCUCUUGACCAGACCGUUUCAUGGCCGGUCGGCCUCUGAGUCAUGGCUUCCUUGGACAGGUACUGGCACACAUUCAUUAAUGUAGCUUCCUCUCAUAGCCUCUUUGUCACCACCUUAGCCCAGUCCGCUCUCGCGAUGUUUCGUGUAUCUUGGUCCGGCGUGGUAAGGAGUUUAAAGGCCGAAUCGAUCAUGAACACGUCCGAGUCCUAUGCUGCAAGGGGGAUACCAUAAGAGCCUGCUGCUGCACUGCCAUAUAGGUAAUCGUUCAUGGCGCAUCUCGGGAGGUAGAGAGUUGACUUGAUGAUUUGUCGUAGAUAGUGGUCAAGCUGCUGCCAAUCUCCCUUCCUCAGCUGCCAGGUUCGCAUGGCGAACACUCGUGGGGAAUACAAAGGAUUUUAAUGCAUCAAUCCGUUGCCAGGGUGCCAACUUGCUGGUCAAUAUGGUCUCUCCUAGCUUCUUGAAUUCUUCUAUAGCGGUUGAGUUUGGCAGUAGGUGGAAUCCUACUGGCCUGCUAAGGAACGUCGUCUCUUCGCCGUUCCCACGGCUUCUGAUUUUUGUGUCUCCGAUUUUGAAUAUUGUAUUUCUCAUACCCCUCGGCUACCUCCCAGACAUAAGCAUUGAGGAGAAUUUUCUUGGGUUUAGCGCCAGUCUCAGGUCCCCACAGGUCACCGUGGUGACAUCGAGGCGUUGUUGCAGGCCUGCUUCAGUCCUGGCCAGCAGUGUGAUAUCUGUGUAGGCCAGGUAGGGGUGUUUAAAGUCGGGGUCGGUGUCGAGGCCAGUGACGAUGGCUGUCUGCAGGAUUGGUUCGAUAGCAAUGUUAAACAAUAGCCCACUGAUAGGGCAGCCUUGGCGGACUCCAUAGUUGACAGGAAUCUCGUUUGUUUCACCACUAGCUGUCAGGAAUCAUGUCGAGUUGUUCCUUGUGAUGCUUUGAAUGACGUCUAUGAAGGCUUGCCCUGCACCCAUCCGGCGGAGGGAGGCGUCAAUCAGCUCAGUUGGCACGGAUCCGAACACAUUCAUGAGGUCCAGUGACGCAAUGUAGAUGUCACUGCUACACCCCCCCCCCCCUCAUCAAGGUAGUGCUGGAGGAUGAAGUUGUGCUCCAGCAUGCCAUCUGUAGGCAUGAACCCUUUCUGAGCAUUGCAUAGUACGUUGUUGUUCACGAUCCAGCUUCUCAGUCGGGCAGCCAGGCACCCUGUGUACAGUUUAUAUAUUGUACGACACAGGGCAAUUGGUCGCCAGUUAGUGACAGCUUCAGGGUCCCCAUCUUUCGGUAUCAGGAUGGUGCGCGAUGUCCUCCAUGUCCGAGGUAUUCUCUUCUGUUGCAGGCAUAUAUUGAAUAUUGCUUACACUCUGGGUUGACUUGUUUCCAGUGCCUGUAUGUGAUCCUGUUAUCGCCCGGUGCAGUAUUUUCUGCUUUCGAGAGCCAUAUCUCGACCUCGCCCUCCCUAAAUGCAGCUACGUUGAGCUCGGUACGGUCUGCUGGCGGUUCAGGGAUUGCCUGAAGUGCCUGAGGGUCUGCUAGGGGUGGCUUGAAGACUUCAUUCCCCAGCAACCCCACCCACCACAAGAGCCCACAUGGGUGGUCAUGUGGGCGGUUGGCUGGCUCUGGUUGCGUGACUGCUGCAACCUCGGGGUAACCAGAACAGUACACAGGAGUCAUAUAUUGGUGGGCUGAAUGGCAUCCCAGGGACCAAUAGGGGGUCGCAACCCCCAGGUAGGCUCAACUCCCAGACGAUGAGACACAAGGGCAUGUACAGGUCUCCACACAUGGCCAACAUGUGGGGACGUAUUUAGUUUGUGCACCGUCACAACAGGCAGAAGGGAGCAAGAGUUACCUCCGCCUACCUGCGGGCGGCACACAAGAACCUCCUCAAUGUGUCAAGGCACCAUUCAUUUAAGGAGGCAAGACGCCUUCAAAUUGGCAAUUAGAGGCCAAGAACAGUCCCAGUGAGAUGAUGCCUUGAACAAAGAGUACCAAAUUGCCCAACAGGCCAAAAGAAUGCAUUUGGGCUAAUAUAUUGUAUUGCCAGGUAGUGUCAUGCAUUUUCUCUUAGUCAAAGAAUGGGUAUGACCAAAUUACCAGCAGAAAAGGUGUAACGAAUGUAAACAAAUUACCAGGAUGUAAAUCAUGCUGAAAGCCAAAUUAGGAGGGGAAGAGGCAAAGAUUGCUCUAAACACCACAUAAGGUACACAUUGAUAUAUUCAAAAAGCUUGUACAGUGCAUGCAAAUGUAUUCACACUGUUUACCAAUCUAAAUUAAAUAUUUAUGACUUUUCUCGAGACUUAACAAAUAUCAAAAGGCAGCAGUAACCUGGGAAGACUUAGCAGCAUGUGUGUUGCAGAAUACUGUAUUUAAAAGGAUUUAGCAUUAAAAGUAACAGAAAAACAAAUUUUUCAGUCAAAUAUAUUCAAGUAUAUUACAGGAAUCUAAACAAAUAAAAUAUAAAGCAAAUAAUAAAAAAUUUACUUCAACUUUUAAUUAUUUAAUAACUAGUCAAUUAUGUGAAGUGACAGUGUCGGAAAUGACAUUAGCUAAAAAUAAAAUAAUUGUCUUUACAAAUUAA